AUGGAGUCCACCACCAAGACAUCCUCGUCCAAUGCCUGCGCAGACUGUCGCAGCCAGAAACGGAAAUGCGACAAGACACUGCCUUCGUGCAGUCGAUGCAUUAACUUCCAACCAAUCCAACCAUAUUGGAACAAUAUCACUUCCCGUCAGCUAGAUGUGGAUCGGUACUAUGUGGGUCUGGCUAUGACUGCUCUGGCAGAUCAGUCUGUUUCGCUAGAUACGAUCUUAUCGGAGUAUUUCUGUCAUAUUCAUCCAUGGCUCCCAGUUAUCAUUGAAAGGAGUUUCCGCAAUCGACUUUCUCAGCUACAUAGUUCGCCAUGCGCUGAUAUCGCAAUGCUUCUCCUAGCCGUGUCCCUGGUUGUCGGCAUGAAGGCCCAGAAUGGUCACCAGGCAAAUAUUUAUCAGAUCACCAAGUAUCUCUUUGCUUAUCUUCAACUCCUUCGAGAACCCUCAUUACAGCUCGUACAAGGUGGACUGUUGUUGACAUUAUAUGAACUGGGAAGUUCUUUGGUCCAGGAAGCCUCUGUGAGCAUCGGAAACUGUGCUAGGCUUGGGUAUAUUCAACGGUUAGAUCUGGACGAUGGAGUGAAUCACCAUGAUUUUACCAGAUUUUCUGAAUCGGAGGAGCGAAGACGAGUAUGGUGUGGGUUAUACAUGCUGGACCGUUUGAUCUAUCAGGUAGCCACCGGCUUCAUAGCACCACAUGCAGUGGUAGAGCCUAGGGACACUUUUCGAAUACCGGUUGAUGAUUCACUUCUUAGUACCUGGAGUAGCACCCCCGAGUACCCUCCGUCCUUUUCGACUCCGGCAGAAAUUCCACUCUGCUACUUCGCUCGUGAGAUCCAGGGAGUCCGCAUCCUUGGACCAGUACAGAUGCUGCGGCAAUCGAGUGACAUUGACUGGUCAUCCGAGAAAUUUUCAAUGCUUGAUCGCACCUUGAUGUACUUCAUGAACAAGCUGAUUGCGCAAACCCCAGGGAGCUGGGCUGUUUUGUGCGGAGCUAAUGCCAUAGGCUUAGCAUCAGGCAUCAUGCUCCAUCAGGACCGACUCAGUCGGGGAAGCAGGGGAUUGGUCUCGUCGGAAGAAGCUAAAGCCUCAUAUCUUGCCUUGUCGUCCUUCGUCAAAAUGGUCAGUGACAUCUGCUUCAAGUUCGAUGCGAUGGAAGCUACCAAGAAGAUCCCGUGGGUACCUCUGCCGGCCGUCAUGUGUGUUGGAGAGGCUGCUAUUGCAGUCAAAUACCUUACACCUAUCUUCGAGGGAUGUUUUCAGCUUGAUAGUGAACCUUUCCGUCGGGUUCUUAGCUACGCAACAAAGACGUGGAAACUUGCUGGUGAGUGA